UACCGGAUCAGGUGCGGUAAUGUGAAGCGGGCGGUCACGUGACGUGAGCGGCAGUACACUGGGCGGCCGCGCUGGAAUCAACAGCUCGGAGGCAGUUUACAGGGCAAAGCUUGCGUCUGACGGUCUGCCAUGCUGGCUGCAUGUUGGGCGACUGAGGGCAGCACGUGAAGAUGAUGGUAGAGUGCGGCUGGGCACCUGUGACCUUCCGGGAGGUUCAGAGUUUCACCUGGCAAAACCCGAAGACUCAUCAAAGGAUGGAGAGAAUGCUGCUGUGGCUGCUGCUGUGCGGGACGGCGCUGCUGGGCCUCGGAGAAGCUCAGACCAUACCGUCAACCUCAUCAACUGCAACGAGCCCCAACAAUACAAAUAGCACCACAGUUGAGCCCCUCAAUAUUCCUGCCAUUGUUGCCCCCACUGUGAUUUGUGGCUGCCUGGUAAUUUUGGUCAUCUUCUUGAUCGUCUUCUUUAAAGUGCGUCAGAAACGACGGCUCGAGGGAACGUAUCGGCCCAGAGAGGAGGAGACGGAGGGGACACAAAAACAGCCGCCAAGCAACUUGAAACUGCCACCGGAGGAGCGCCUCAUUUAGGGACUUGAGUAGUGGGACACCUGCGGUGGCACUGCCACUCUAAGUGACUGCGAGAGACGCCUCCCGGAGGCCAAGCUGACGACGCGCUUCCUGUCAGGCGGUGGGAUGGUGCUUUGGUUCCAAUGUCCAGGGUGUAGGAAGGAGGAAUCCCACCGCUGGCACCAUGUGGAUAGCAGGCAGAGAAGAUCUGCUUUUAUCCGUUGGAUUGCGGGCUUUCAUUUUUACGAGGGCCCCUCUGGAGUGGCAUGUGACCACUCGGAGCUGCAGUUGCCUUUUUUAAAAAUUGUUCAGCCUGAGCCUGCGCCACACACAGAUGUAAGACUCGCACCUCUUUAAAUCAAGGUUUUUAAUAAAUUCCACAUUUUUAAUAUUAAUUUUCGAGUGUAAAAGGAUGCCCUGAUCAGUUAGUUGUAGUUUGUCAUGGGUGGGGUUCUGCGUGUUCUUCAUGGCAUGCGGCUGGUGGCCAUAUGGUGACAGGCCAGCAUCUGACGGCAUUUUACAGUAUUGACUACGUUGGCACCAUUAAUCGUGGGCUGCCACUAGGAGGUGUGUGUGCCGCCCCCUGCUGUUCACUGCCUGCUACUGAGCAGCUUGUGGUGUGACCUGAACAGCUGGACUGCAAAACUGAAAUAGCAAAGGAGAAGCAGCAGCAGCCCGUUCUCUAUCCACGUCUACUGCUAUUGGAGCGAUUUGGGCGUCUCGGCUGUCAAAAUCUAAAACGGGAGACCGAAGUGGGCGGCGGCUCACCUGCCUGUCUGUCCCUCUGUCUGUCUGUCUGUCUAUCAGACUGAGCUUCACCUUGACUCCCAUGAUGCCUUGCAGAGCCGUGUGCCUCUCUUAGGGUCUCUUUUUGAGCUCUGUGUGGCUCCGGGUUGGGGCGGGGCUUCACUUGCCCCACCCACUUUUAGUCUCCACCCACGCCAGCCCUUCUGGAGGCUCAGCAGGUGGCACUUUCACUGUUCACAAGUGGUGUCUUUUGUCUCACCUGGGCACACACCUCCCUUAGCUUUCUGGGUUAGUUUUCACUUUGGUCUUGGCUCGUGACUGGGUUUUAAAAAUGUAUUGUGGUGGUCUUGUGGGCCCCUGUGUUCACCCCCUGAGCCGUUGACUACCUGUCUUCACAUUUGUCUUGUUUAGGUGUCCGCUGAAUCGGAUGGGGCACACUUGAAUGUCAUGUGGGGUCCAGUGUGACGCCCGUGCUUUCAAGGACGUCCCCCUGUUGUUCUUGUUUUGUGACAGUAUGACAAGGCACUACAUCAAAGGGGGGGUCACUUUGCCUGCGGUUGUGUCCUCGUUGGUGUUAAACUGCAAGUGGUGGUCUGCUGUGAAGAGUAUGAGAGCCGAGAGAACUCCAUGACACUCAAUCCCCUCCGUUUGUAUUUGUGAACGAAGCCAAAGUGUGUGUUUUACCUGCCGUCUGUUUCAGGUUUUAAUUGUGACAAUAAACUUGAACUGAAUGACUCGG